GAUCUUGAAUUGGAGCAUGAGGGAGCAGCUCCAGGAUCCACCUCACAGCGAGUUAGGCGAAACAUUUCUUUAAAAGGGUGAUUCCAGAAAAUAUCCAUACCAUACCACGGGCGGCAUCUUGGAAAUCCGAGGGAGAGGGGGGGUUUCUUGGACUGGAAUUCCGAAGACGUGGGGGGGUAACGCAGUUUGGAAUUCCAAAGGCAUGGGGGGGUGUUUCAGCUCUGAAUUCAGUGAAUUUCCAGAGGAAAGACGGCGAAAGCUCCGCUUGAAAUCGCUGACCUGUUAACAUUCCCAGUUUGUAAAUGAAGCACGAACCGACCACGGAAGAAGUAUGCGUUCAUGCAGAUGGGUAAGCAGAUGGGUUGUGCAGCAAGCUCCACAUCGAAGAGGCCUUAAAGUUGAUGAAUUAGUCAACUGAUUAAUAAAAAUAUAACCAAGUCGGUGUUUCUUGCCGAUUGUCGAUCGACGAUGUGUUGUUGCGUGCUGAAAACUCGCACCAGUCUCUCGUUUCCACAUAGAACGCCUGACAGAUUUUGUAUUUCACGCCGAUUUUCACGCCAACAUGUUGGUAGUAAAAUCCGACAGCGUGCCUUUUGAUGCACUGUUUAAUUCAAAACUGUUUAUGCGCAAGUGUUUUGAUCAUUCAGUUCUAAAUAGUUAUUUUUCCUCGAAAUAACUAUUUAUUCCAGGAGCUGAUAUCCUUAAACGGACGUAUAUUUUAAAGUUCUAUUAGGUGGUAAGUAGCUUAAAGAUAAUGCUUAGAAGGAAUAGCUACGGUGUAACGUUAACAAACUUGAGUUGCUUGAUCGUCUGACUAAAAAUUGUGAACAGAAUUCUUUUGCAGAGGGAAAAAGUGCAAGUUUCUCGUUCGUUUGAAGAUUUAGGCAGACGAACAGGAAUUCCAAAGGGUCUGAAACGAAAGUGGAAAAUUCCGGAGGAGAGGGGGGGUUAGCGAUUUUGGAAUUCGGAGGGCAAGGGGGGGAUAAGCAUUUUGGAAUUUCCGAGGGCAAGGGGGGGUUAAAAUACUCAUGCCACCCGUGGUAGGGUAUGGAUAUUUUCUGGAAUCACCCAAACUGAAAGCAAAGAGCAAGUGAGCAAGCUCAUUGUCAUCUGGGAAAAGCAAGAAAAAGGAAGGAAAAAGUGGAGAAAAGUCGAGGACAGGAUCUGAAGGUAAAGAGCCAAUUUUCUUUCAACGCUGUCAAUGCAUGUCCGGUUUUAAGCCUUGCUGUCAUGUUGUUUCCUUAGACAAGAAACGUUAGUCCACUUUGUUUGUUCAGCCAGGUGUAUAAAUGGGUACCUUAGGCAUGCUGUGUGAAGUUUGUUGAGAGACACACACUCUUGAGCAGCUCUAUCAAUAGGAGCCUGAGACAGUGGAUUCCCUUUGGCUACCAUGAGCAUGACCCAUGGCUACUUUCAUAAGAAAAUGGAAUAUAGAAUAUAGAACCAAUACAGUGCUUGAAAAAUCUUGAAGUCCAGCUUGUCCUUGGGGCAAGCAGCUCUCAUAUUUUGCUUGGUUAGAGCCACCUCUUCCUUGUCUUAGUUAAUGAUUUUAUUAGAGGAUCAGUUGUCUUGACCCUCAUUGGGCAAGUGAGCCUUAAAUCCACCUGACCAGGACUACUGGAUGGGACUUGUUUUGAGCCCUGCAACAGAAAUUUGUUUCUGUUCAUUUCCCCGCCUACGUAUUGUACAUUUAAACAUGUACGGUAUAUCCAGCAACUUGAAAUCUGAGCAACAGCCCUGCUUGAGGAAAUAAGCAACAUUGACAAGUUUUUCAUUUUUCUGUGAAUGCUCGUUUAUUCAAAGGAGACAAUCAGUAUUACAGUGGAACCUCGAUAUAAUGAACCUCUGUAUAACAAAGUCCGUGGUAUAACAAACGAUUUUCUUUACCCCAGUCAUAGUAAGAUAAGAGAAAGAACCUUGAUAUAAUGAAACCUCAUUGAUAUGGCAAACACAUUUUGCCAGUUGCCUGGCCCUUCGUUAAAUCGAGGUUCGACUGUACAGAUGUUUCUUGAACCUUCUGGAAAAACCUAAUUGGAAAAACAGGUUUUUCAAGAAUGGUCUUUUUGUUGUUACAUCUUACCUGUUUUCACCCUUUUGUCACUAACUGAUCUGUCAGAGAGUUCUCUUGUAUUUUGGCUCAUAAAUAAAUUUCAAGUUUUUUUUGUAAACUUCCGAAGCUCUGGUAAAUUUAUUAAGUUGAAUGUUAACAAGGGUGUCCUGUGAUGAGCAAGCAUCUCAUCCAGAGAGGUUAGCUAUACUCCUGUGGUAUAAAUGCUUCAUGCUACAGAAAUUAGGUUAAGCUCUGGCUGUUUGGGCUUCAAGAUGUAGGUCUGCCUCUACCUGCUUUUGCAUUGAGUUACAUUGCUCUUUUGGAUGUUAAUUCUUGCCUUCGGUUGUGCUAUAAAUUAACUUUGUACUGUAAGUGACAAAAUUCUAUCCUUUCAGUAAUAGUUCUUAUAUUUUUUAAAAGAAUUUGUUGUUCAGGUGUACCAGCUGCUAUACAACUAUGAUUUUUUGUAAUGAAAUAGAAAAACGGUUGUUUGUUUGUUUACACAAAUCCUGAUCAAAUUUAAUUAUUUAGUUUUGCCUGGAUUUGUGUAAAAGUUAUUCAGGUAGAGGCCAUAGAGUACAGUUGGGUCGUAAUGACAUGUUGUGGAGUUCUCAGACCAUAGGAUUCAAGUAAAACCGAGUAAACUGCACAUGCAAACAUUUCGCUAGAUUGUUAAAGGUCCUCUUAGUUGUUAGAAGUCCUGGAUAGUUAUUUUAUUCUUUGUUUGUCAUAUCUAUUAGGUGAUAAGGAGAGUAAAAGGAAACAGAAAUCCCCUGGAACAGCUGCAGCAGCUCAAGUGGUUGUCAUGAGAGAACUCAAGUGGGAUCAUCAAGUAUGUACUAUUAAUUUUAUAAUUUAUGCUCAUUUAGCCCCAGUCACUCUGCCCCUAUUUGUAAGUCGUUUGCCAUAAACAGCCUAAUAAACGUCUACUUCCAAAUAAACGCCCCCUCAACAUUGUUAAAAUUUAAUUAGAUGCCCCUCUUUAAUAAAGGCCCCUGUCUAAUAAAUAGACGGUUCCCCAUGAGAAUUACUCCACAAUACUAGGAAUCAGCAAAAAGGUGCAAAAUCAUUCAAUUCAUUUAGUUUCUUGCUUGAUUAGCAAGGGUAAAUGCGUAUUUCAUCUUGCUCAAUGUUAAGUUAAAAAUGAGGAUAGACUAACGAUGGCAACACAAUAACAAUGAACGAGGAUUCUAACAUCAAUGUUGGGAUUUGAAAAAGAACGAUAUGGAUCUCUAGACGGCCUAGAUGUAUCAAUAUUGAUGGAGUGGAUAUUCCACCAUUUUUAAACUCUCUUGAUAUUUUUGUCGAAACAGGGCUCAAAAUUGCAACUGAUAGGGUUGCCAAUGCGACUAACAUUUUCUCCUUGGCGACUAAAAAUUCUAGUUUAGUCGCCAAAGUGGCGACCAGAUUUCUCUAUGACUUAGAUUUAAAUUAAAUUAGUAAAGUUAAAACAAACAUUUCAUCUUAUCCUGCUUUGCUUUCAUCAUAAAAAAUGUGCCAAAUCGCAUAAACAAAGCCAGUUUACCUCCAAAUUUAUACCGACUUCUAUCCACGAUAUUUUCAAAUCUGAUGGAUUGCACCAUACUAUGCAGGGCUUCUGAUAGGUCACUGAAAAAAGUCAAAUUUCACGGGAUUUUUAGGGGCAAAUUCGCGGAAAAAUCGACCAAUUUCGCGGGAAUUUUUGGGAUAAACUCAGCCAAAAAUCAAUUGGUAAAAAAAGGGCCGAUUUUGUCGUUAUUUUCAGAGAAAACUUUGUUAGAGAUUGAUCAGUUUUGCGCUGACCAUAGACCAGCAUUUUUAUUGUUUUUCUAACAGAGAAUCAUUUGCUCUUUCAACAACUAUACGCUCCAGAACUGAAACAAUGGCAAAGCCUUUAACAUCAUGGCUAGUGCCCACUUUUUCGCAACAUAAUCUACGCCUAGUAGUUUCGGGAUGUUGUUUGCACAUUUUAGUGACGAAGUUUCAAGAUAAAUUUACAAGUUCACGGCAAGUAAAUAGCCCCAGUAGCUGAGAAAAGUUUUGAAUAUGUUGUACAAAUGUGUAUUAUUUUGAAUAAGAUUUCUACCGAAUUUUGAAGUAUUUUGCACAGUUUUGUGAAUUUCAUGGCUCUGCGACCACGCGAAAUAUCAGAAGCCCUGACUACGAGCUGUGUCAUUUACAUGAUACAAACUGGCCACUAAAAAUUUGCAUCUGGUUUUUUUAAUUUCGAACCCUGCGAAAGCAUGUUAGUUUUGUUGAGCUUUUUACAUUUAUGAGAAUAAAUGCCUCUCUCUUUUAAAUGCCCCGUAACUAUUAAACGCCCCCACUUGGACCCCUAGAAUUAACUAGAUGCCUUGGACAUUAUUUUAUUAGGUCCUUUAUGGUACCCCCAAAAUUAAGUCAUUAAUUUUUUAUUAUUACAAAAAUUUAGGCAGGCCCAUACAUCUACGUGUACAUGUAGAUGAGAUAACUUAGGCUCUUACGUUUCUGUUAUCAUAUCAGUUUGUUACAAAAACAAGACAUUUAGGUUUCAAAAUAGAUUAAGCUUAUCCUCCUGUCUUCCUCACAGAUUUUGCCGAUUGGGCAAAAAGUGCAAGAUCCACUUCUCCACCUUUGUGAAAAGUGCUCUCUCCCUAUCCUUGUUUAUGGCCGACUGGUAUGUAUAACAAGUAUUUACUUAUGUACUCCUUUACCAGUAUGCAAAGAAAGCUGUGUCCGAUAGCCCGGGACUAGAGGAUUUCGGUUAUCAGGCUAGUGAAUUAUAUGUUCUCAAUUUACCCUAUUGGCAAAUGAAUUUCUUUUCGGAAAUUUGCAUUGAGAAGAAUUCUAAUCAAUCCUGCUCAUUAAUGACUCUUGGGCUAGUACAUGCUAGUUGUAGCUUGCACGAAUGGCAAGCUGUAAAACUGACUUUCUUUGCACCCUGUUUACUCCUCGAGCUAGUUAAUGAUAUAAUGUCAUGAUGUAUGAAUGCACUGAAGCUCUUGUUUUUGAGUCUGGAUGAAAGUCUUGGUGUUACCAUUAAAUGGUAAAUUCUCUUUGGUGGUUCCAACCUCUGCAAGAUCAUUAUUUUUGUGGAAUAAUUUUUCUGGUGUUUUUAGUUUUUCAUUUUUAUAACUCCAUUGUUAUGCCACUGGUGUACAUUGUAUCUCCCAUGGUAUGUCGUGAUCAGUAUUUUGUGUAAAGAGCCUGCUGUACUUGAACUGCUGUCAGUAACAAAAUUGAUGUAGAAUUUAGUGGUAUCCAGAUCAUCGAUUAUAGUGGAUUAUUGAUAAAAAAAAAAACCUUCAGUAAAUGGAUAUUGAUCAUGGAAAAUGUUCACAUGAAUAUCCCCCCAAAAUAAAAAAAUAUAUAUAUAUAGCUGACAAAUCAGGUCUUUUAGUUAUCUUAUCUUUUUAAGAACGCUUUUAAUUUAAGAUCACCCUAGGAACAUAUUUCCUACAUUUUCUUUUCAUUUGGCUUUUAUUUGGUUUUAUUCAUAUUUUUUAUUUUUAUUUGUUUUAAGAAUAUUGUAAAUUCUAACGCAUAGCUCAAUUUUAUUUUAGAAUUUUUAAACAGUGCAUUGUUGUUAGUUUAUUUUAUUAUUAUUUUUUUAAGUAAUAUUAUUGUUGUUGUAAAGUACUAUUGGACAACAAUGGAAAUGGAGCCAUAGAAGUAAAUGUUAUUAUUAUUAUUAUUAUUAUUAUUAUUAUUAGAAUAUUAAAACUUGGGUGCUGUAUUUUAAAUGUCUCAUACAGUGAUGCAAUCUUUAAUGCAUUGAUGACCCUAUUCUGAUACCUUCCAUACAUGUAUGUUUUUGUCAUGUUCUAAAAUGUGCAACAAUUAUGGCUCUACUUAAUUCUCUCCGUUGGUUUGUUAGGAUAAUUUUGUCACACUCGAUUGUGCACAUUGUGUAAGAUGGGUAAAAGACACGUGGGUAAUCGGUAAUUGUGACCUUUCACGCGAAAACGUACAAUAACAGCUUUCCGUUUUCGAACGGAAUUCCGUUUAGAACCCGUUUGGAAGCCGUUUGAAGGAAAUUUGCAUUCGUUCGAACGACGUGGGUCAUCCGUUCAAAAAAAUUUGCAUCCCUUCGAACGGCUUCAUCACCCGUUCGAUAGAAACGUCCAGCCGUUCGAAUGACUUACUCACCCCGGCGUUUGGUAAAAGCAUCCAUCCGUUCGAACGACUUACUCACCCGUUUGUUAAAAACAUCCAACCGUUUGAACGACUUGCUCACCCGUUCUCUGGAACAUCCAUCCGUUCAAACGACUUCAGUAUGAGACAGUCAUACGAGCGGUUGUCUCAUCCUGUUCGCGUACUCGCAUGUUCUUGAUGAUGUCUCUUACGGAAAAAAGCCCUCCGAUCACUUGAACAGUCUGCCAGCAGAUUACGCCACAAUCACAAAGUAUCUCCAAAUAAUGUAGCUCGUAAAGAAACAGUCCACGUAGAAAAAUCGAACUACAGUGUAGUUAGCCUGGGAUCCAAAGGUUUUUGCUUCUGAAUGCCGAUUCAGAAGUAUUGUUCUUGCGUGAUCUGUGAGCGAAGACAACUUUCGUUCAAAGCUCACUCUGAACCGCUGCGUGAAUAAAUUACAAAUGAAAACUACGAUAUUGUAAAUUUCUUUAAAAACUUCUCGCAAAGUUAUUAUUACAGGCGAAGAGCUCUUGCAGAAAAUAUAUUUUGCGCUUCUAAACAUACGGUAAUCAGUCGCCUAUAGAAGCGAACUUCUUAAAUUCUGCCCUGUGUUACAAUGCGCUUUAAUAAACAUUACCGGUAUAACUAUGGUUGUGAUAAGCACAUAAAUGAUUUUCUGAACACUGAAAUCUCAUGAGUCUGCCUUGUGCAUUCCUCUUAUUUCGAAGAGAAUCCACUGAAUGAAAUCUAUAAGACGGCAGCAUUCACUGAGAUAACAACCAUGUUGUUUUGGAAAGAACAACUUCCUUCGAAAACUCUUCACAACACUGGCCGCCUUCUUGUAGAAAUUUUGUCACUUUUGCUAUGAUUUCUUCGCUUUUGAGCACGUCAAGCAGAUCGCAUUCAGCCAUGAUGAAUGUUUUCACUCUAAAGAAUAGUUCCUGCGAGAGACGUGUAAUUAUGAUUUAAAACGAGCAUUUAGUGCAAUUGUAAGUACAGCCCAAAAUUCUUGGUGUAUGGAAAAACACUUUCUACAUGACUUGUACCCUUCAAAAUUAAUAAUUUAUGCCUUCCUUGUCUUUAUUUCAGAGUCCAUGCAAACACUCUUUCUGUUACACACUGCAACUUGCUUAAUCACAAGGCACUUCGGAGUUCUAAACUCGCUCCAAAGGGUUUGCAAGUCCUGCAGCUUUACAACCAAUUAUUACAUUCAAUGCUAUGCCACUAGAAGUGUGGCUGGCUUUGGUUGUUCAUAUAAUUUUGUCUAAUUUGCUUAAUCACAAGGCACUUCGGAGUUCUUAAAAACUCAUUCCAAAGGGUUUGUGAGUUCUAGAACCAAUAAUAGCUGGAAUUUUUUUGGAGGUGUAAGCAGGACUUGAAUUUGGGCCACAUGGCAAAAAAAUGAUGAAAAAGAGACAAAAUUCAAAGUUUUGAUUGACGUACUGACAAGCCAUGCAGCUGAGUUGUCGUUGCCUUUCCUGGGUCCAGAGUUAUGUUGCCAAGAUUCAGCAUAUAAGUAGUCUCCCACCUCCCUGUUUUUGUCUCGUCACACAACGCUCCUCCCUCCUCCCCUUUCCCCUCCCUUUCAUGGGGAGUAGUGUUGUGUGACGUGACAAAAACGGUUGCUUGAGAGACUAGCUUACAAUAAUUAACGGGAAUAAUAUCCAAAAUGGCAGUAUUUCCAAAAAUUGCCCUUCAUCAGGGUCUCUGAAGUCAUGUGAAUUUUACUUUAGGUGUGGGGAAAGUGUUCAGAGGAUUGAGUGAGCAGCGCUGGGCAGUGUGUAUGUAUACCCGCUUGUAUAGCAAUUCCAAGGAAUCAAAAAUGAUGAUUUUUCCCUGUCUUGUUUCGCAAUGUCUUUUAGGUCUCAUUAUGUUUGGAGGGGAGUUUUUGACAAGUUUUUUUCCCAGAAGCUGGGGUUCAAGAACGAAUGAAAGAACAUGGGAAAGAUCCACUAUGGAAAAUCAAGUAUGA